ACCAACCUUCGGCCUGCCUCAUCUGCACCGCAUGGCCCCUCGGCGUCUACCAGCAACUCGUCAAGCCUGAUGCGCCGUGUGCUUGUCAUCCUCCAUGCCGCGAACACCCGUCGAGAGGGCUGUGUCCCGUUGGACAGCCAUCAUUAUUCCGCUCAUAUUGAUCGGCUCCGCAGCUUAUGGAACAUGGUGCAUAGUAGUGAAAGUCGCAGUCGAGUACCUGCUUAAUCCUCCUAAAUCGUACCGAGCCAACUUUCAUAUACACCCCCGACGGGGAGCCGCCAUCGCCGUUCUCGUUCUAUACUUUAUCUUGCUGUUCUUAAUGGCCAUCACGUACUUCCGCACCCUUCAGGUGAUAUGGAUGGAUCCCGGGUAUAUUCCUCUCGGAAAUGCCUCGCAGAAGGGAGGUAUACCAGGCUCGGAGUUCACAACGAAGGACGCUUUCGUCUGUGAUAGCAGCGGGAAGCCCCGGUUCUGUGACCAUUGCAACAACUUCAAGCCAGACCGUACACAUCACUGCAGUGAGGUUGAACGCUGUGUGCGCCGCAUGGACCAUUUCUGUCCUUGGGCGGGAGGCAUCAUAUCGGAGCACAACAUGAAGUUCUUUUUGCAGUUCCUGUUUUACGGCUUCUUCUACAACUUCUUCUUGAUUGUCACCCUGGGUGUUCUGAUGCAGGAGCGAAAGCACAAGGUGAGUCGCUACUUUUUUUAUCCUAGCUUCGUCCAUAAGUCUGUGCACACCCGUUCGCCAUUGUUGGGAGUGGCCCCGUGUUGGUUUCCGGUCAGGACAUUAUACUAUAUCAUGUGUUCUAUUGUCUAUACUCGCUCUCUACACACCUUCAUACAACGAGAGGCCAUAAUUCUGUGCACACGCGUUUGUCACUGCGGGGUGCCCCUAUUGAGUUUCCAAGAUCCAGGCGCAAUGCCAAGCUUUAUGUAGCAGAAGCUGAGCUGCCUCUUGACUGAACGGUUUCCUGGCAACGGGAUUGCUCCUCACAGUUUAUGUCUGGCUUGCAAAGCGGCACUCAAGCAUUGGUAUCGGUGUGCCCAGAUGUUUGGCGUAGUCCCACAGCUCCUCGAAGGACUUCCGCGGAGUUAGGAGGGAGGCCUUCCGACAUUGUCACCAUGUAGAGGCUUUCCAUUCGAUGGGUGGUGCUACUACUCAUUUGCUACUGUUCGGGGUGGGCCAACGUGGAUCCCGAAAUCUAGGCGCGAUGUCACAUUACAUCCAGCA